AAAAGUAUUGGUUCCCCCAGUUAAACGGUGAGAAUGAUAUUAAAGUUGAUGGUCGUUAUUAUCAGUAUGCUUAUUACUUUGCUAUUUUAUAUAAAGGAGUUAAAUCCUAUAAAUUAAUAUGGUGCAUUGCAGAUAAUGAGCCGCAUAUUUUAGGAAAGCAAGUCCUCGUCCAAGACAUUAAAAAUAAUUUUCAACAAGCCCGGGCCGUUAUUUUCUACAAUUUUCACCACACCGAAAACCGCGAACUCUUCAAAUUAAAAAAAGAAUUGAAAAAA